GUCAGGGAAGCGGCGCGCGCGCGGGCGGCGGGCGGGCUGGGGAUCCGCCGCGCAGUGCCAGCGCCAGCGCCAGACCCGCGCCCCGCGCUCUCCGGCCCGUCGCCUGCCUUGGGAUUCGCGAGCCCGCACUCCCGCCCUGCCUGUUCGCUGCCCGAGUAUGGAGCUGCUGUGUUGCGAAGGCACCCGGCACGCGCCCCGGGCCGGGCCGGACCCGCGGCUGCUGGGGGACCAGCGUGUCCUGCAGAGCCUGCUCCGCCUGGAGGAGCGCUACGUACCCCGCGCCUCCUACUUCCAGUGCGUGCAGCGGGAGAUCAAGCCGCACAUGCGGAAGAUGCUGGCUUACUGGAUGCUGGAGCGUCUCCCGCUUCCCUCCGCCUCCCGGCCUUCUCCGGAGAGCGCGCCUGGAAAACCCUGGGCUCGGCCGCCCCCGCCCGGGAGCCGGUUCCUGUGUCUUUCGCGGGGUUCUGGCGGGGAAGGCGAUGGGGGUGGCGCGCGCCCUGUUCCGGCCGACAGGGAAAUGAAAAGUGCGGGAGGCAGCGGCAGGAGCCUCCUCCCUUCCCCUCGGGUAUGUGAGGAGCAGCGCUGUGAGGAGGAAGUCUUCCCCCUGGCCAUGAACUACCUGGAUCGCUACCUGUCUUGCGUCCCCACCCGAAAGGCGCAGUUGCAGCUCCUGGGUGCCGUCUGCAUGCUGCUGGCCUCCAAGCUGCGCGAGACCACGCCCCUGACCAUCGAAAAACUGUGCAUCUACACCGACCACGCUGUCUCUCCCCGCCAGUUGCGGGACUGGGAGGUGCUGGUCCUAGGGAAGCUCAAGUGGGACCUGGCUGCUGUGAUUGCACAUGAUUUCCUGGCCCUCAUUCUGCACCGGCUCUCUCUGCCCCGUGACCGACAGGCCUUGGUCAAAAAGCAUGCCCAGACCUUUUUGGCCCUCUGUGCUACAGAUUAUACCUUUGCCAUGUACCCGCCAUCCAUGAUCGCCACGGGCAGCAUUGGGGCUGCAGUGCAAGGCCUGGGUGCCUGCUCCAUGUCCGGGGAUGAGCUCACAGAGCUGCUGGCAGGGAUCACUGGCACUGAAGUGGACUGCCUGCGGGCCUGUCAGGAGCAGAUCGAAGCUGCACUCAGGGAGAGCCUCAGGGAAGCCGCUCAGACCAGCUCCAGCCCAGCGCCCAAAGCCCCCCGGGGCUCCAGCAGCCAAGGGCCCAGCCAGACCAGCACUCCUACAGAUGUCACAGCCAUACACCUGUAGCCCUGGAGAGGCCCUCUGGAGUGGCCACUAAGCAGAGGAGGGGCCGCUGCCACCCACCUCCCUGCCUCCAGGAACCACACCACAUCUAAGCCUGAAGGGGUGUCUGUUCCCCCUUCACAAAGCCCAAGGGGUCUGGUCCUACCCAUCCCCGCAGUGUGCACUAAGGGGCCUGGCCAGCCAUGUCUGCAUUUCGGUGGCUAGUCAAGCUCCUCCUCCCUGCAUCUGACCAGCAGCGCCUUUCCCAACUCUAGCUGGGGGUGGGCCAGGCUGAUGGGACAGAAUUGGAUACAUACACCAGCAUUCCUUUUGAACGCCCCCCCCCCCCCCCCGGGGGCUCUCAUGUUUUCAACUGCCAAAAUGCUCUAGUGCCUUCUAAAGGUGUUGUCCCUUCUAGGGUUAUUGCAUUUGGAUUGGGGUCACUCUAAAAUUUAAUGCAUGAUAGACACAUAUGAGGGGGAAUAGUCUAGAUGGCUCCUCUCAGUACUUUGGAGGCCCCUAUAUAAUCCGUGCUGACAGCUGCUCCUAGAGGGAGGGGCCUAGGCCUCAGCCAGAGAAGCUAUAAAUUCCUCUUUGCUUUGCUUUCUGCUCAGCUUCUCCUGUGUGAUUGACAGCUUUGCUGCUGAAGGCUCAUUUUAAUUUAUUAAUUGCUUUGAGCACAACUUUAAGAGGACGUAAUGGGGUCCUGGCCAUCCCACAAGUGGUGGUAACCCUGGUGGUUGCUGUUUUCCUCCCUUCUGCUACUGGCAAAAGGAUCUUUGUGGCCAAGGAGCUGCUACAGCCUGGGGUGGGGUCAUGCCCUCCUCUCCCAUUGUCCCUCUGCCCCAUCCUCCAGCAGGGAAAAUGCAGCAGGGAUGCCCUGGAGGUGGCUGAGCCCCUGUCUAGAGAGGGAGGCAAGCCCUGUUGACACAGGUCUUUCCUAAGGCCGCAAGGUUCAGGCUGGUGGCCCAGGACCAUCAUCCUACUGUAAUAAAGAUGAUUGUGAAAUAAAA